GCGCGCGCGCACUCGGCAUCUGGGGAAGGAAGCCUGCCUUGGCGGGACAAACACAGCUUCCAGGCUCAGGCCUGCUCCCAGCAACCAACCGCUGUCUAAGCGGUGUUCACAACUUAAGACGAAGGGCGGGCCCUUCCGAGGUGUCGGUCACAGCGUUCCUCGGACUCUGAUUGGCCACAGCCCUCUGUCACGUGUCCUGGGGCGGAGGCAUAUAAGCUAGGAGGCGAAGGAGGUGUUCCGCCAUUUUGUGGACGUCGGGGGAGUAGCGCAACAGCUGCGCGGGGACGGAGCCGGGAGGAGCGGGAAAAACCCAGUCGAGCGGUGGGAAUCGUAUCCCCGCUUGUUAAGCCACAGCAGACGAGAUGCAUCGUGACUCUUGUCCACUGGACUGUAAGGUUUAUGUAGGUAACCUUGGUAACAAUGGCAACAAGACCGAAUUGGAGCGAGCUUUUGGAUAUUAUGGGCCACUCCGAAGUGUGUGGGUUGCAAGAAAUCCUCCCGGCUUUGCUUUUGUUGAAUUUGAAGAUCCCAGAGAUGCAGCUGAUGCUGUUAGAGAACUAGAUGGAAGAACACUUUGUGGUUGCCGAGUAAGGGUGGAACUGUCGAAUGGGGAGAAAAGAAGUCGGAAUCGUGGUCCUCCACCUUCUUGGGGUCGUCGCCCACGGGAUGAUUAUCGGAGAAGAAGUCCUCCACCCCGUCGCAGAUCACCACGGAGAAGAAGCUUUUCUCGCAGCCGGAGCAGGUCCCUUUCAAGAGAUAGAAGAAGAGAGAGAUCACUGUCAAGGGAGAGAAAUCAUAAGCCUUCUCGUUCCUUUUCCAGGUCUCGCAGUCGCUCUAGGUCAAAUGAAAGGAAAUAGAACAUCGGCCUUCAAGAGGAGUGAUGUACAGGAAGUAGCCCUUCAUUUGACAGGAGCAUGUACAGAACAUUACAAGUUUUGUUUGAGCCUUCAUAAGCUCAGUGCAUUUUUAAAAUGUUUUAGCUGUUAAAAUUUGUUUAUUGUCUUGUAACAGUGACACAUGUAAAGAUGUGUAUCUGUAUGGUUUAAAACAGAUCAUAUAAGGCAUGUAAUACCAAGAAUUUGUUAACUUUACAGUGUUCCCUUAAACGAAAUUCUAAUUUCUAUUGAUUUUUAUUGUUUUGCAUCGAUUUGCAAAUUUCUAAAACCUGCAAUGGCUAAAAAAUAUCUUGUGUCUUCUGGGGAGGAAAUGACAGACUACAUUGGAGAACCUUGAUUUUUGUCCACAGCAGAUUUAUAUGUGCAGCAUCAGUUAAACGAAAUGUAUUGUUAAAGCUCCUCUUAGAACAGGCCAGCAGGUAAAUUGGAAAGUAAAAAGCAUACAAAAAUAAAGAUAAUUGCUUUGCUCAAAUGUGUGAUGGCAAUUUUAGAAAAGAAAAACAAAUUAUUCUAAGUAGACACAUAUCUUUAAGUGAAAACCUUUAAGAGGUUUUGAGGAAUUUAGUUUUUUUUUUUUUUUUUUUUACACUUAAGGUCAUGGAUUCUUUUUGUAGUUGAUGCACUGUGAGUAAAUAAGUAGUGAUAUAAAAAUUUGCCAUUCACACAGACUUCCCAGUUUAAGGGUACAUUGUAGAGAUAAAACUUUUUGAGUUACUGUGCAAGAUUUUUUUUCAUGAUGUCAUUUGUAACAUGUUUUGUGAGACCUUCGGGAUUAAAGUUUUGGUUACAAAUUGUUGCUUAACUUUUGAAUACUUAAAAGUUUUCCUUGUAGAACCUAAUUCAGCCUAUGAGCUUGGUACAUGCAGUCCAGGUUUAAACAUUCCUAUCAGAAGCCAUACUUAUAUUUUUCUUGUUAAAGUGCUUUUGAAGUAAUAAAAUACUAGCUAGCCUAUUUGUGUGGUAGCCAGUUGAAUCCACUGUUCAUCACAGUUCUUGUAUAAAAGCAGUUGAUUGCACAAAGCUGCUACUUUGAGUUGGACUUGAUUACUUUGAGAGUGGUUUCUUGGUUGGGGGAGGAGUAGUUCUGCUAGGUAAUCAUAGUUGCCCUCUCCUUAAAAAGAGAAGCCAGUUCAGGGUUCAUGAUACUGCAAUUUGCUCAGAGAAAUAUCAGGAUAAUAUUUCAUUGUAACCCAAAUUGAAAUGGCCUUAAGAGGCUUUCAGCAUGAAAACAAUUCUCACUUAAAUUUAGAUUGCUUCCAUUCUAUAAGUUGAGGUUUUGCAUGGAAAUUCCAAACUAAGCAUCAUGAUGUAAAAUUCAUAUUAUAGCUCAAAUGUAACAGUGUAGAACUGAAAAUAUGGAGGCAUGCUUAACCUUCCUGGAUACUAGGAGGGAUUGUAAUUUCAAACUUUUGUGCACUUAGAUUAAAUCAUAAUGCAACAGUUUUGUGGCUUAGUUUCCUUAAAUGUGCUUUUAAAGUAGUAUUGGGUAAUGUAUCAUAAGUUCUUUUCUCAAUGUCAGUUCAGGCAUUACAUUGAGAUAAAAUUCUGAGUAAAUUUCAUUUGAAAUAUUUCCUGAACGUUCCAUAAAUUCAUAUUAUGUGAAAUUUAUUUCAGAUAGCUGUGGUUGCACUGUGUCAAUAGGAUACAAUUUUAUGCACCCUCUAAGAAGACCAAUGAGUAGCAACAGUAGCUAACCAUAAGAUUUUUGAAUCAGAGUUCACUUAUUCAGAAGAGGCUUCCUGAGUACCCCCCCUCCCCCAAAAUAGCUACAUUGGGAACUGGAAGAAUUUUACUUAAAUGAAGAAUAAUUUUUUUAUUCUACAGCACUUAAAUAUUUCAGAACUCUCCUUUAAGGGGAGGGGAAAGUCUCACUGUGAUCACACAAUACAAGGUAGGGAUUUCAUUGUUCCCCCAAGAAGCCUGUCUUCUUGGUUUUCCAAUUAUGAAAUUUAGCCUAUUUGUAGAGACUCAUCAUUACCCAUCCCCCCCUUCUGAAGUAAUGCUGCUUGGAGGUGUCUGUAAGUAAAACAUCCUUUGAGAUAUAUGCACGACUUCAUAUUUGUCUAAAACGUUCAUAGUUCUAGAAGAGCUAGAGAAGGCUUGGGGAAGGAAGCUUUGGUUAUGUGUGUUCCCUUAGAACCCUGGGAGGUGAAGAUAUGAUUUAGGUAAACCAAUUUGCAUACUCUUAGCAUGGUACUAGUACUAGCCAUAAUUGAAAACACUUUAUACUACAACAGACUGCUUUUGUGCUGUUCACUCAACAUUAGUUAAAUUAAGUGAUGAGAAGUUUAUACACAAUUCUAUUUUUCAAGGAGCUUUAUGGUUUUAAGUUUGUAUUCAGCAUUAAAAUUUUGAGAAAUUAUUUUUAGACAUGAAAUUAUGAGUUGAGGUAUACUGAUUAAAGUGUCCACUAGGGGUCGCUGUAUUAAUAAUCUUUGAUUCAUUCUAAUUGAAAGUGUAGGGAUUGGUUUUUUUUUUUUUUUAAAUAACAAUACCCAGAGGUAUUUUUAUGCAUCUUGGUUGAGUAUUUCUGUGCUGCAGGAUCUUUUAUUGUGUCCUGUGUUGAUGUCAUUUAGUCCUAGCCAGGGCAAUGGGAGAAGAAAAGAGUUAUUAAUUGCCAUAGUUAAUAGUUCUCAAAUACUUUGUAUUUGUGUAACACUUUCAAAGCACUUUCAUGUUCCUUAGUUCCUCACUAAUAUCCUUAGGUCAUAAUUUUUAGUUCCUGUUAGAGCUGGGGUUUAAGUUCAUGUCUUGUGCUUCCCUGAUUUCAGAUUUGCAUAAAAUAUAAACAUUUGAUUAAAGUUGUUAAUAAAUGGGAAAACUGGCAAUAUUUUUUAUUAUUGAGCUUUAGUUGAAGCAAAAAUGUGAUUAGUUCUUGAAUGAGAAGAUGCAUACAUUGAUAAUUGCCUAACUUUUAGUUCUACUUUUGCUGUUUAAAAUGUAUGCCUGUUAAAGAAAAUAAAGCUUUAAUGUCAACAUAGUUCAGUAUAGGCUUAUUGCCUAAUAUAUUAUAGUCAUAAGGAAGCCAAAUAUUUAAGAUGAAAUGAUUGUUUUUCCAAAGUAUAAUGCCUUAACCAGACCAACAUUCUUGCUUUUAGAAUUUGGGCUGGAUUAUUGAACAAGUCGAGAACCUUUGGAUAUUAUGACAUCAACCCAGAUAUUUAUUUCUCACCCUUGAGUUGCUAUUUAGUUGGCAAAUAUAUCAUUUCUGGCAAAAUGACUUGUCUUCUUUGGAAGUUGGAAGAAUAACCUUUUGCAAUCCAAAAAGUUCACAUCUAAGAAGGUAAACAUUGGUAAUGCAAAAUUUGAAGACAGAGACAUUGUAGAUAUUCCUUCCACAAUGUUUGUAGUUGUUGCAGGCUAAAAAGGCACUUGAUGACCAACAAUGUUGAGAAACCUGUAAUCUUGAACUGAACUAGGCAGGCUCCUAGACAACUGUCUACUCCCAGCACCACCAUAUUGGGAGCCAUAUCAGCUCAAGGAUUUGUCCCACUACUGUGAGGAAGAAUAAGAAUGGAGGCUUAUCUGGAAGAGCUAUAAUAAAAAACCAGCAAAGUCUAAAACUGAAUCAUUAAUUUUAAAGGACAUUAUUAGUACAGUGAAAAUAGUGAUCAGACGUGUCUUUUUGUUCCAUGAGAUAAUAAUCUGGAUUUUGUUUUUGUGGGAGGUAGAAAUGGGAAAAGAACACAAAUCAUCUUAAGCUCUGGCAUUCAGCAGCCUCUAUAAUGGUAAAUAUGUGUGGAAAAGGUCAUGUCAACAUUAAAAGGAAUUUACAUGAAAGGAAGACUGAAGUUCCAGAUUGAAUUUUACAAAUGUAAAGCAUUUGAAGAUUGCAUUGAAAAUGAUUUGUUAUAGAAUACAUACAUUAUAGAGGAAAUGGCUUUGACUCUUUCCUGUGUUUGGCAUACUGUCAUUAUAUGUGAUGUCAAGUAAGGCUUCUAGAAAUUCUUUGCAUUGAGAUUAUGAGUUGUAGCAUUUUUGUUUUCCCUCACCACUACCACUUAGCCAUUUUGGGGGCUAAGGGAGGAAAGAACGCCCUUGAAUGCAAUUUGACCCAAAAAAAAAAAAAAUCACUUUUGGCCAUGUCCAAACUAUAUUUCAUUCUACAUCUCGAGUUCACCUCUUGUCAGGACAUAGAUGGCAUGCUUCAUUUAACACUCUUCUGGUUGAAAAUUGCAUUAAUAAAAGAGUUCUUAAGCCA